CCCUUUCGUCUCUCCUCCCACCCUGGUCGGACAGACGUUAACAGCGCCGCGGAGCAACCACUCGGCAACAGCAGGCAAGACAGCCAAUAGUGGUCGUCAGCCAUGUUGGUGGUGUGUCUGACUGACUCAACGAGCUGUCAGCAACAGGUCCUUCCGAGAAGGAGCAGCUAAACUAGUAGAAACUGCCAACACUUCUGACUCACUCUCGCUUUUCGUCGGACACUAAACGUCGUCGGCGAGGAAGUCUUCUCGUGGAGGAGGAUAUUAACUUAGAACAUUUGGAUAAUUCUGAAAUAGCUCUUCGACCCCGAGUGAGUCAGUGAGUGAGAGAGAGAUAGAGAGAGACAGCCACCGAAGAUGGCUGCAAGUCGUAGCUGAGGACACUAUCGGGAGUUACCCGCCACCAGCAAAUAUGAAUGGUGGUGCAAAUGUGUGGGCUGUCACUCCAGAAGAGAGGGUCAAACAUGACCAGACGUUUGACACCCUCGGCCCGUCAAUGGGUUAUGUUUCAGGGGAGCAGGCAAGGAAGUUUUUCCUUCAGUCAGGGCUGCCCGCUUCAGUUCUGGCUCAGAUAUGGGCUCUGGCUGACAUGAACAAAGAUGGGAAGAUGGACAGGUUGGAGUUUUCCAUUGCGAUGAAGCUCGUAAAGCUCCAACUCCAGGGAAGGCCGCUUCCAUCUGUAUUGCCAGUCAUCAUGAAGCAGCCUCCUGUGCCUGUUGCCAGUCUUACUUAUGGGAUGAUGCCUCACAUGUCCCUGAUGUCUGGGACCGACCUUUCGAUGUUCACGCCUAUAUCCAUGGCAACCUCAGGACACGCCUCUUUGCCACCAAUGACGGGCCCCAACCUGGGACUUCUCCAGCCAAUGGCAGCUGGCACCUUGGCCACCGGUCUUCCGCCAUCUACAUCCUCCUAUGGUUCUCCACUUGCAUCCAGUGCCACUUUUCCAUCGUCCUCAAUGACUUCCCAAAUGGCAGCAGGCCUUGGGAAUUGGGCGGUUCCACAUGCCUCCAGACUCAAAUACAGGCAGCAGUUCAACAUUUUGGACAAGCACAUGACUGGAUACCUCACGGGUCAGCAGGUAAGAGGUGCCAUGACCAACACGAUGCUCAGUCAGACUCAGCUGGCCUCCAUCUGGAAUUUGGCUGAUGUGGACAAGGAUGGCAAGCUCUCGGCCGAGGAGUUCAUCCUGGCCAUGCAUCUGGUGGAUGCAGCCAAGAGUGGACAACCGCUGCCGCGAACCCUGCCAACUGACCUCGUGCCACCCACACAUGGGGGUACUGUGAAUGGAUCCAGUGCGUCUCACUAUGCAGCUCUCAAUGAUCAUUUUGAUAUUGAACCCCCGCAGAAAGCAAGAAGCAACAUAUCAUUUGAAGACAAAUACAAAGCCAACAUGGAGCGCGGUAAUGCAGAGCUUGAGAAGAGACGACUGGCACUGCUAGAAGCGGAAAAGAAGGAGCAGGAGAGGCAAGCUCAAAAAGCACGGGAGGAGCAAGAGUGGAGGGAGAAGGAAGCUCGCGAAGCGGAGGAGAGGAGGCGCAAAGAGGAAGAGAGGCGGCUAGAGCGCCAAAGAGAGUUGGAGAGGCAACGAGAAGAAGAGCGUCAGAGAGAAAUCGAGAGAAAAGAGGCUGCACAGCGUGAACUUGAGAGACAAAGGAAGGAGGAAUGGGAAAGGAGGAAAAGAGGAGAACUCCAAAUAAAGAGGCAGCGGGAGCAGGAUGACCUCAUACAGCUCAAAGCUAAGAAGAGGAGUCUGGAGAUGGAGUUGGAGGCUGUGGGUAACAAACAGCGUCAUAUUUCUGACCGUUUGCGUGACAUCCAAAACAAGAAGAGGCUUCCCAAGACUGAGCUGGACCUGAUUAAUCAGAGGAAAGAUGCACGCCAGCAGGACAUCAAAAACCUUCAGAAACAGAUUGAGGAGUUCCAGAGGAGGUUGUACCAAUUGACUCCAGAACAGAAGAGGCUGACGGAGACUCUCCAAAGCAUGGCUGUGACUAACCUGUCUGUGUCCACAGUCUCCAACCUGAAGCUCAGUGUUACGCAGAAGCGGGGGACAUGUACCAAACUGAAAGAUCAGCUGGAGGCCCUUGCGAAAGAAACUGCUGCCAAACUGGAAGAGCUGGACCGGUAUAACAAAAGCAUCCAGGAACUGAGGGAGAGCCAGCAAAAACAGCAGGCAGCACUUGAGAACCUGCGAAGCGUCAAAGAGGACAAAAGGCAAGAGCUGAUUCGGAGGAAGCAGGAGCAUGAGGAGAUGAGGAAACGGGAAGAAGAGAGGAGGAGGCAGGAGGGGGAAGCGCAAAGGCUUGUCAAGCUAGAAAAGGAACGUCAGUGGAAGGAGAAAUUGAGGAGGGAUGAGGAGGAGCAUCAGAGGAGGCUUCAGGAGGCACAAGAGGCCAAACAAAGGGAGGAGGAAGAGAAAGAAAGGCAGGCUCUUAUCCAGGCAGCGAAGUUGGAGGCCGAAAGAGAGCUCAGGGCAAAGGAAGAGGCAGAACGGAACCUCAGAGAGGAAGAGGAGAGGAGGAAAAGGGAGGAGGAGGAACGAAAGAGGCAAGCAGAGAGAAGGAGGCAGGAGGAAGAGAGGAAAAAGCUGGAGGAGGAGAGGAGGCAGUUGGAGGCUGAGAGGAGGAAGCUCGAGGAGGAUAAAAGGAUGGAGGAAAGGAGGAGGAAAGAAGAGGAGGAGCGACUGAAGCGGGAGGAAGAGAGGAGGAGGCUGGAGGAAGAGUGUCAAAGGAAGCGGGAGCAGGAGGCAGGGGAGAGGAGGAGGCUCGAAGAAGAGCGCAGACUGGAGAUGGAGCAGGUGGAAGAGGAGCGGCGGAGACAGAGGGCAGCCCAGGCAGCCCUCCGAGACUCUGAGGACAGGAGGAGGUUGGAGGAGGAGGAGAGAAAGAGGGAAGAGGAGAGGAGAAAGAGGGAGGAAGAGAGGCGGAAGCUUCAGCAGCAAGGAGAGGAGGAUAAAUGGAGACGUGAGGAGGAAAGAAAAAGAGCAGAGGAGGAUAGAAAGAGAAAGGUGGAAGAAGAAGAGAAGAAGAGAAAGGAGCAUCAGUCAAGUGGAGGAGGCAAGAUUGACAUUCAAGAUAAACUGAACGCUCUGCUUAGAGGACUGGAAGAGAGGAAAGGCCGGCAACCCAGGGCCACGCAACCCAGGAAGUCUGUCUCUCUCACGCCCUUCAAGGCACUUUAUCCGUUCACUGCACGAAACCACGAAGAGCUCACCUUUAACGCAGGUGAAAUCAUCGAGGUGGAUUUGACAGUGGAGCCAGAGGAGGGUUGGUUGUAUGGGAGCAGGCAGGGUCAAAUGGGUUGGUUCCCGGAGAGCUACGUGGAGAGAGUGGGUCCGUUGGAUUCAACGGCUCCUGCACCUCCUCCAAAAUUGCCCAUCCAGUCGCAACUCUCCAAUGCCCUUGAUGCGGCAAAGGUAGCAGGGACUAAAUCUGCCUUCACCCCAACACACUCUCCAAAUCCCGCCCACUCUGACACACCAGGCCAGCAGGUGGUAGGGAACCUGCUUGCCCAGGCCCUGUGCUCCUGGACUGCAAAAACAGACAACCAUCUGAACUUCAAUAAGGACGAUGUAAUUCAGGUGCUGGAACAGCAGGAGAACUGGUGGUUGGGAGACCUGAAUGGAGAACAAGGCUGGUUCCCCAUGUCCUACGUCACACUUCUGGGUGAAGAGGACAGUUCAGACAUGAAGCGUUCCACAUCCAAUGCUGUAGAGACAAGCGACAACCAGCAAUUUGAAGAGUAUACGGCGUUAUACACCUAUGAGUCAUCAGAGCCUUCAGAUCUGACUUUCAGAGAGGGAGAUGUAAUCUUGGUAACCAAGAAAGAUAGAGAGUGGUGGAACGGCACCAUUGGUGACUGCUCAGGUGCCUUUCCCGGCACCUAUGUCAAACCUAAGGAGGCAGAUAUGGGCACAUCUGCGAAGAAGCCAGAGAUUGGCAAGGUGACCAGAGCCCAUUUCUCCUCUGUACCCGGGCAUCUGAACUUGGAGAAUGGCCAACUCGUCGUCAUCCUCUGCAGAAACGUCUCUGGUUGGUGGCUUGGUGAGCUGCAGGCCCGUGGUAAAAAGCGUCAGAAGGGCUGGUUUCCAUCCUCAUAUGUCCAGAUAUUGGGGUCUAAUAGUGGCAAAUCCACACCAGCAGUCCAGUCAGGAGUGUGCCAGGUGAUCGCUAUAUACGACUACACAGCCGCUAACAAGGACGAGCUGAGCUUUUCAGCGAACCAGCUAAUCAACGUCUUCAACAAGAAUGACCCCGACUGGUGGAAGGGUGAGGUCAAUGGGGUCACUGGCUUGUUCCCCACCAAUUACGUUAAGAUGACCACAGGAGACGGUGACCCCAGUCACCAGUGGUGUGCAGAUCUGACCAGCUUGGACUCACUGAGCCCGCUGGAGAAGAAGAGGCAAGGCUACAUUCAUGAACUGCUACAGACUGAGGAGCGAUAUUUGGAAGACCUGCAGACAGUGCUCGAGGUUUUCCAUAAGCCCAUGUCGGAAUCUGGACGACUGAAUGAUGCAGAGAUGAACUUGAUCUUUGCCAACUGGAGAGAACUGAUUGACUGCAAUGCUAAACUCUUCAGGGCGUUGUCAGCUCGAAAGAAGAGUGGUGGGGAGAACAUGCCAGUGCAGAUGGUGGGAGACAUUCUGGCCGCCGAGCUGUCCCACAUGCAGCCGUACAUCCACUUCUGUUCGUGUCAGAUUAAAGGAGCCGCACUGCUGCAGACUCGCACCGACAACGAGCCCGACUUCAAGGUGUUCCUCAAGAAAAUCGGCACAGACUACAGAUGUAAAGGGAUGCCGCUUUCAAGCUUCCUGCUCAAACCUAUGCAGAGGAUAACACGCUACCCGCUGCACAUCAAAAGUAUUCUGGAAGGCACUGCAGAGGGCCACGCUGACAGAGGUCCUCUGAAAGAAGCUCUAGAGAGGGCGGAGGAGCUCUGUCAACAGGUCAAUGAAGGAGUGAGAGAUAAGGAGAACUCAGACAGGCUGGAGUGGAUUCAGAACCAUGUCCAGUGUGAUGGCGCAGCUGAGAAUAUAGUUUUUAACUCGAUUACCAACUGUUUGGGCCCGAGAAAAUUACUCCACAGUGGCAAGAUUUUCAAAGCAAAGAGCAACAAGGAACUUUGGGCCUUCCUCUUCAAUGACUUCCUGCUCUUGACUCACUCGGGGAAGCAGUUCACCUCAUCUGGGAUUGAUAAACUGUUCAGCACCAAGAACAAUGCGCAGCUCAAAAUGUACAAGCUGCCCGUUCUGCUCAAUGAAGUUCUGGUGAAGCUGCCGGAUCCUUCCAGUGACGAUCCAGUCUUCCAUAUCUCACACAUUGACACAGUUUACAUACUGAGGACGGAAAACAUCAAUGAACGGACAGCAUGGGUUCAGAAGAUCAAGGCUGCGUCUGAAGAAUAUCUCGAGAUGGAAAAGAAAAAGCGGGACAAGGCCUACCACUUUCGAUCCAUCAAGGGAACUGGAAUCGGCCGACUCCUUGUCACAAUCUUGGAGGCAUCAGAGUUGAAAGCAGUCAGGUCCAACGGUAAAAUGAAUCCGUACUGCGAGGUGACCGUGGGAGCUCAAAUUUUCACAUCUCGAACGCUCAAUGAUACGGUGUACCCCAAGUGGAACUUCAACUGUCAGUUCCAAAUCAAGGAUGUCUACCAAGAUGUCCUCAGCAUCACCAUCUGUGAGAGGGACCUGUUUGCUCCCGAUGAGUUCCUGGGACGAACAGAGGUUCCCGUGGCGACCAUAAAGAAAGAGUUGGAGAACAAGGGUGCCGUAACGAGACGUCUUCUGCUGCACGAGGUGCCCACGGGGGAAGUGUGGGUCCGCCUCGACUUGCAGCUCUUUAACAGCAAAUAGCUAAACUAAGGGCUGGCUGCAUUUGACACAGGAUAAUUCCCACCACUCAGUGUGCCUUAAUAUUGUGAUAAGGGAAGGCAGAAAGUCUUGUCUGACAUCAGCGCAAUCCUCUACAAAGGCUUAGAGUAUUUUCCUUGGAUGAAAAAGGGAAUUUUAAUGAAUACUCAAGGAAUUAAAAGGAUGGAGCAACCAAUGAAAGCCUGUGUAGAUGCUACUGCACUACAACUAUUAUCAUCUGGUUAUUUAGGGCAAAGUGCACUAAACAAGUUGUAGUAGACUAGAGGUCCCUUUGUGCGUCUAAAGAAUCCAGUCUGAAUGAUGACUUUGCUGACAUGCUGUCUCUUCACCAUUUUGACAUGAAAACAUUGUCACAGUAGCGCUGGCUUGGACACAGUUUACUGCUGUGGAGCGAUCUCAGGAUAUGUCGUUCUGGGUCAAGUCACUGUUCUGGCACGAGGCGCUGUCUGUGUGUCUGCUCUUGUGUUCAUAUCUUCGUGUGGCGUAAUCCUCCCACCUAGUGAUUGUGUGGACACAUCAGAAAAAUGCUAGGAUGAGCUCCUUUCAAGCCAUUAGACUUUGUAUGUGUGCAACAUUAUUUCACAAGCAGUUUGUAUGUAACAAAAUGACUAUUUUGUUGAUAACACAACAAGGAGGACACUCUGCUCGUCACUGUAUAAUGUUGACCGUUUUGUUUUCAUGUGGUUAAUGAGUGGUAAAAUCACAGCAUUUCUUAGGGCGUUUCUUCUAGUUACAGUAUGUUCAAUUAGUCACACAUCCUACACACAGCCUUGGAAAAGUGUGUCUGUGUGUGUAACCAUUCGAAGCUCUUUAAUUUCUUUGGAAUACUUGGAAAGCAAGUUGGUUUGUUUGGUCGUUCCUCUUUUAAUUUCAUUUUUAAUUUUGACAGUGUGUCUGGCAAUUGCAUUAGCUUUUUUUGCUCUCACGAACUUCCUUGCAAACAUUUUUUUAGAUUCAAGAUGAAACUAAUGCAGCAGCUGUGCAAUAAUAAUUAUAAUAUAAUAAUUAUUUAGUUUUCUGUUACAAUUUAAUCCUGUUAUUGUUGUUUUUUUUGUUAACUGCUUGUUUUGUGCUCGCUGCAUCACUUUUAUCAGACAAAUGCGUCGUAUGACUUUUUCUGUUCUUCCAUCCCACCACAGAUUUGAAUGUCUCCCCACACUCCGCGAUGGUUAAUGCUCUAACAGUAAGCACCUGCCGGUGUUCUGGGUAUUAAUUACAACCUGUAUUUAUUUCUUAAUUUAUGUGUGAGACUAUCCAAAGUUCUGAUGCAGCCCUUGUCUGUGUCAUGUUGCAUUAUUUUCUGUUCACACUGGGAUUGUUUUUAGGGUGGGUUAAACAUGUUGUUCCUGCGUUUUCUGUAACUGUUGAGAGUUCUAUGAUAAUCCUGCUCACUUGCUGUCGCGCCACUCUCUUCUUAGGUCAACCAGGUUGUUUUUAUUUCUUUUAAUCAGUGAUGUCCAGUUUUUGGUGUGUGCAGAGACUUGACUGCCCAGCUGCUCUGAAUAGAUUUGUGAAAUGUUUUUUUUUUGUUGUUGUUUUUAAAAUUUUUUAACAUUUUGCAACCUCAUCUUCUGUGCCCACCGAGUCUGUCUGUUUACCUGCUGUUUGUACUCACCUGGGCCUGAAUGAGGCACUCAAUCAGGGGUUCUCAAAUCAAAUAAAAGACAAAAGUGGCAA